CUGCUCAUCGGGACAGCCUAUUGUCGCAAUCUCUGGGCUAUUAAAGCGGCAGUCGGUGAACAACCCUUCGCAGACCAUCGCCACGAAAACUAAGUGUUCAAUUUUUGUAGGACCAUCAUGGACUCUCUAGACGACAUCUUGGUGCAUCUGGGCUCGUGGCACUACCCAAUCAUCGCCUUCUGCUUCCUUCGAGGAUUUCCCGCAGCCUACCAUGCGAUGGCUCCCACGUUUAUUGCGCCCACCUUGGAUCACUGGUGCGCAAGACCACCGGAACUCGCCAACUGGACAGCCGAACAAUGGAUCAGUGAUGGCAUUCCUCAAACUCACACGGGAAAAAACAAGUUUCAACCACGGCGCUGUGAAAUGUUUGAAUUUGAAUACGAAAACAACUUAAGUAUCAGCAAUAUGACACGGGUGAGUUGUUCACACUGGGAGUACGACCUCGGAGAAAACGCAAACACCCUUACGAAUCAGUUUGACUUGGUAUGUGAUCGGGCUUGGCUAAGAGCUGCCUCCCAAAGCAUCUACAUGGUCGGGGUAAUGGUUGGAAACAUAUUAUUUUCCCACCUUUCUGACUGGUACGGCCGAAAGCGAGCCCUUGCCUUCAUGGUGCCUUUCCCUCUGAUAUCCGGUAUAUUAACAGCAUUCUCGCCGAGCUUUAUGCUGUACAAUAUCGGACGAUUUGUGGCUUCAAUCGGAAUUGGAGGAAUACAAAAUACUACGUUCACAUUAGUCAUGGAAUCUUUAUCCGCCCGGCAUCGUGCAUUGGGAUCACUCGUCUCCAACAGCGGCUGGACGACAGGCCUUCUAACCUUGACGGGAAUUGCAUGGUUCAUCCGGGACUGGUCGCAGCUGCAGCUCGCAAUUUCUCUUUGUUUACUAAUUCUGGUUGGCAUGUGGUUUAUGCUUCCCGAAUCGCCACGUUGGUUGUUGGCCAUUGGAAGUUACGACAGAGCGGCAGUCACUUUGAGGAAAGCCGCCAAAAAGAACAAGGUAGCAGGAGUGGAUGUCGAUUCUAUCAUCGCGAUCUACAAAGAAAAAAUGAAACUGGAACGCAUGUCAAGAAAGCCUACAUUCGCUGCAUUGUUCCAGUACAGCUGCCUACGGAGGGUGACCAUCAUCAAGUCAAGUAUGGCGAUGUUGAAUACCCUGCUCUACUAUAACCUAACGUAUUCCAGCAUCUUGUUCGGGUCCAACCCCUACCUUAGUUUCGCUUUGAUGGCCGCGAUGGAAUAUCCAUCACGCAUUGUGUCAGUGCUGUUCAUAAACUACGUCAGGCGCCGGGCAUCGUACGCACUUUUCUACGGUUUUGCGGCCAUCUGCUCUCUCUCCAUAAUAUUUCUACCGAAAGAUCCCUGGUGGCUACCGCUAUGCCUGAUUCUCUUGACCAAAUUAGGGGGAACAUCUGCUGCAGGUGUUCAGCACGUUCAGCUCUCAGAACUCUACCCGACCAAGGUUAGGACGCUGGCCACAGGCUUCGCCAUCACCGUCAGCAGGUUUGGUGCCAUUUUGGCGCCUUUCACGAAAGAAUUGGGUGUAGUGUUUGGUCCUUGGGCGCCGAGAGCGGUCGACGGAGGAGUCUGUUUGACUUUAGCGUGCCUUGGCCUCAUGCUCCCGGAGACGUUCAAAAUGCCCCUUCCCGAUAACAUUCAAGAUAUCAAGCAAAGAGGUUUAAAGAAAACAAGAACCGGAUAUCUCAUAAAAAAAGGUGCGGUACAGAAGCCAUUAAAUAAUGGUGUAUACAACGAAGAACAACGGAGGAAGACGGAAUUGUGAAGACAUUUAUGAUGAAAAGAGGGGAAACCAUUUUAUGGACAAAUACAGCUCGGCACUUAGAAACCACGCAAUAUGUAGAAACCAUUAUAGAGCCGAAUAAAUCAUUUAUAUCUUUAA